AUGUUGAUUUCCCUACCUUUGUGUGUUGCUAUCGAGCUUUUACGAGCGGAUUCCACUUCAUUCCGCUUGCUGGGAAGCUGGUUCCUCACAAUGGCUGGUUCGCUAACUCUAGCUGGCACCUGCCUAGAGUCCUUUUUGCGUAACGGCAACCAUGGUUUCGUUGACUUCGGGUUCGCGACCUCGCGUUCCCCGAACAAUGCGUCUUCUUGGACGCCAUACACUGCAUCAUUUGCAAGCUGCGAUGUUGCGUGCUUUGCUGGAAAUACCAUGCUCUGGUGCUGCAGCUUUCUGCGCUGCUUUGGUGUCAACUCCAUCGAGCUGGGUUGUGAUGUUGAUAAUCCCAGCUCUCUCGACAUCGACCUUAAACUACCGCGCAGCUUCGAUCCCAUCUGUCUGAACUUGCCGCGCGUCAGGUUGCAGAAGCCUAUGAAUGACAUGGUGGAGCUGUCGAAGGAGUAG